GCGGGACCAGUUUUCUAUGGGACUGACCCCUUCACACUCCUUUCCUGUAACUAACCUUCGCCGUCGAAGAACAUCUAUAGAAACUGAUACACGUUAUUCACGGCGGCUCCCGUUCAAACUUUGACAUCUCCGUGGUACCUCGGCUACCAGAAAACCUCUUCCACUCCGACAACCGCAUACCAUGAGUCACCAUCCUAUCCCGUACCCUCUUCAGCUCUCGAAAUCAACGCAUUAAUUCCUUGUCCAUCCUCCUCGCCUUCCAUGGCGGUUUCGCCUGUAACCCCUUCCCUUCCUCUCCGCCACAUCCACCGGAAACUCUCUCCGGCGCCGAGUGGUUUGGGGGAGAGAGUUAGCGCUCUCGGAUCGAUGAAUCCGUCGUUGGCGGCAGUUAAUUGGGGGAAGAAAAUCUCUGUGAAGUGUAACGCCUUCGCGGAAACUGAUGCGGAGUCGAGUAGCAACUGUAUAAGAGACGAACGGUUCGUGAGGUUUUUCCGUGAGGCCUGGCCGUACUUUCGAGCGCACCGUGGCGGCACCUUUGUCGUCAUUAUUUCGGCUGAAAUUGUUGAUAGCCCUUACUUGGAUUCUGUUCUUAUGGAUAUUUCUCUCCUUCAUGGCCUGGGGAUCAAAUUUGUUCUUGUUCCAGCGACCCAUGUACAAAUUGACAGGCUUCUGGUUGAGAGAGGAAGAGAGCCUAAGUAUGUAGGCCGAUACAGAAUUACUGACUCUGAUUCUCUCCAGGCAUCAAUGGAUGCAGCGGGUAGAAUACGCAUUAUGAUAGAGGCAAAGCUUUCUCCUGGACCUUCUCUAUGCAAUAUACGUCGGCACGGUGACAAUAGUCGUUGGCAUGAUGGUGUCACUGUCGCUAGUGGUAAUUUUCUUGCAGCUAAGAGAAGGGGAGUUGUCGAAGGAAUUGAUUAUGGAGCAACAGGUGAAGUAAAGAAAAUUGAUGUUGCUCGUGUUCGUGAGAGGCUUGAUAAGGAUUAUAUAGUUAUCUUAAGCAAUCUUGGCUAUUCCAGCUCUGGAGAAGUUUUGAAUUGCAACGCAUACGAAGUUGCUACAGCUUGUGCCUUAGCUCUUGGUGCAGAGAAGCUUAUUUGCAUUAUAGAUGGCCCAAUCCUGGAUGAGUCUGGACGCCUUAUUCGUUUUUUAACUCUUCAAGAUGCGGACAUGUUGAUCCGUGAGCGAGCUAAGCAAAGUGAAAUAGCUGCUAACUAUGUUCAAGCUGUUCGUGGAGAAGAUCUUACUUGCCUUGCCCAUGGCGAGUCCAAUGGAAGUGUAACAUCUCUACAGAAGGGGAAGGGUUUUAGUGAUAUGCAUGCAGCAACAUUUCACAAUGGUGUUGGCUUUGACAAUGGCAAUGGACUGUCUGGCGAGCAGGGUUUUGCUAUUGGAGGUCAAGAGAGGCUUAGUCGACUAAAUGGUUACCUUUCUGAAUUAGCUGCAGCAGCUUUUGUUUGCAGAGGAGGUGUUCAGCGAGUUCACUUGGUAGAUGGCACUAUCGGUGGAGUUUUACUAUUGGAACUGUUUCAAAGAGAUGGAGUGGGAACAAUGGUGGCCAGUGAUCUGUAUGAAGGAACAAGGAUGGCUAGGAUGACAGACAUUUCCCGGAUAAAACAACUUAUACAGCCAUUAGAAGAGUCUGGCGCAUUAGUCAGGAGGACCGAAGAAGAGCUACUUCAAGCACUGGAUUCGUUCAUGGUCGUGGAGAGGGAGGGUCAAAUCAUUGCUUGUGCUGCUCUUUUUCCAUUCUUUAAAGAAAAAUGUGGAGAAGUUGCUGCCAUUGCUGUUUCUCCUGAAUGCCGUGGGCAAGGACAAGGAGACAAAUUACUGGAUUUCAUUGAAAAGAAGGCAUCUUCGCUUGGAUGUGAAAUGCUUUUCCUGCUUACAACCCGGACUGCAGAUUGGUUUGUGAGGCGUGGUUUCUCAGAAUGUUCUAUCGAAUGCAUACCAGAGGAGAAGAGGAAGAAGAUAAAUCGGUCUCGUGGAUCAAAGUACUAUACGAAGAAGCUACAACCUGACAUGAGUGGAAUUAGCAUCGAUCGAGUAUUCACUUGAGGGCGAAGCAAUGGAGUUGGUUAUGUUAUCGGCUAAUAGACUGGGAACCAAGUUCUCAACUUUAGGGCUUAAGCAUCUUAACAUGCUAAUGACAUCUAUUAUUCGUACAUCUUAACGGUGAUUGGAUUGUUUGCUUUAGUAGAAGGCAAUAUACGCAUGAAAAGGUAGCUAACUAGGUUAGACUAUUUGUAUCAGAUCUUUAGACACAGCUGAUUCACGUGCUUGCUUACAAGUCGUGAAGUUGCAGCUACUAUUGUCUGGCUUUUGUUUUGUUAUGUUAAUUGUAUCCUAGGGCAUCUGUCAGUUGCGUUCAUGCCCUUCAA